CCCCUCCCGUUCACAAGCGGCGGAGCGCAAGGGGGUCGGUCUGCGUGGACCAUGCGAGUGGGAUGUGCGUCAAGAGAGAGAGAGGGGAGAGCCGAUUGCCGUGACGCGCCCCACGGUGCGUGACGUCAUUUAUGGACGACCCUCUAAGUCCUCGUCAGCUCCGAGGGUCGGAGUUCAGCACUUCACUUCGAUCGCGGAGCGUCCUGCGAAGUUUUCGCAGUAGGACGGCGAUGCUGCUGCCGCUGCUGCCGCUGCUGCGUGCGAUGCCAGUCGAGUAACUUCCAGGUGCGUGACGGGCGCCGGACGUGGGCGGCGCCACCAUGAGCUGGGCAUUCCUGACUCGUCUGCUCGAGGAGGUGCACCACCACUCCACCUUCGUGGGCAAGCUGUGGCUCACGGCCCUGGUGGUGCUGCGCGUCGUGCUGGCGGCCGUCGGAGGCGAGACCAUCUACUACGACGAGCAGAGCAAGUUCGUGUGCAACACGGGCCAGCCGGGCUGCGAGAACGUCUGCUACGACGCCUUCGCGCCGCUCUCGCAUGCCCGCUUCUGGGUGCUCCAGAUCAUCUUCGUGUCCUCGCCGUCGCUCCUCUACCUGGCCUUCGCCGCCCACAAGGUGGCCAAACGGCCGGGCCACGGGCGGUGCCGUCGCGGCGGCGGCGGCGGCGGCGGCCACGGACAGAGCCGCGGCGCCCGCAGGGGCCUCAUGAUCCACCGAGGGCAGAACCACUUCCUGGAGGAGGGCGAGAGCAACUUGGAGGAGGAGCCCAUGAUAUUCGACGAUGCCGUGGGCCGGCAGAGGCACCGGCCCGACAGGGAGCACCGCCACGACGGGCGGCGGAGGAUCAGGGAGGAGGGCCUCAUGGGCAUAUACGUCUUCCAGCUCAUCUCCCGGACCGCGCUGGAGGGCGCCUUCCUGGCGGGCCAGUACUUCCUGUACGGCUUCGAGGUGGCGGCGCGGUUCGCGUGCGGCCGGCCGCCGUGCCCGCACGUGGUCGACUGCUUCGUGUCGCGCCCCACCGAGAAGACCGUCUUUUUGUUCGUCAUGUACGGCGUCAGCUGCCUGUGCCUGGCGCUCAACGUGUGCGAGAUGCUGCACCUGGGCGCGGGCACCGUCCGCGACGCGCUGGCCCGGAAGGACCGGGGCUCGCAGACUGCGCCGCGCGGCUCCCCCGAGCCGGCGUGCGGCCGCGAGUCCGGCGAGGAGAUGCCCACGGCGCCGUCGCUGCUCCAGUUCGAGCUGCGGCCCAUUUCCAAGGCCUCGCAGACGCCCGAGGGCCUCGCCGCCGCCGCCGCGGCCAAGCGGCCCAACGGCGUCGCGGAGCCGAGGCGGGGUGGCGGCGCCGACGUGCCGGACGUCUCCCCGCCGCGGAAAAACCUCGCGGAGGGCGGCGGCGGCGGCGUCGGCGCGGGGGGCCGUCCGAGCCUGCCGGUGGCCGGGGCCGAGCCGGCGGCUGCGGCUGCGGUGGGCGGGGACGGGAUGAGGGGUUCGGACAGCGGCGCCGGUUCGAGCGGCACGGCGGACGAGAACGUGGGCGGCGGGGCGGGGUCCAGCGCGAUGGAGCAGAACGUGGCCAACGCCCGGCACGAGCGGACCGCGACGACGCACCAGGCCCCCUCCGAGUCGGACAAGGGGGGCAGCACGAGCAGCAAGCAGAACAGCACCCGGUUGGCCGUGUGGAUAUGA